AUGCCCAAAACGGCUGAAACGAAGUUCGUCAACUCACUGUUCCUGACCAAUCUCAUCCAGUCGCAGUAUGGCGAAUCGGAGGUGAAAAUUAAGGCGUACGAGAUCGAACCCGCAUCCGCCGACAUCAAUGAUCCGUACGCGCGAUCGUCGAUGAAUCGGAUUCUUAUAAAGUACACCUCGAAGGAAAACCCAACCGAUGCUGUCAUCACGUUCGUGGCCAAAAUCAAGCCCACCGAGGGACUCUUGGUGGAGCAGUUCAAGAAAGCGGACGUGUUCGAGAAGGAGAUCGUCCUGUACAAGUCCGUACUGCCGAGCAUGGUUUCGAUGAUCUCGAAGCUUGGCAGUGUCAUUGAGCUAGCGCCACAACUUAUCUACUCCUCGGAAACGCCGUCCGAUCUGGUCGUCCUUGAGGAUCUCACCGUUCGCGGCUACAGUGUGGAAAACCAGGCGCUCGGGCUAAGCUUCGAGCAGAGUAAAAUGGCCGUGGAGAAGCUAGCCUUCUUUCACGCCGCCAGCGCCAUGAUGCUCGAGGAAAAUGUGCUCGUUUUCGCACGCUUCUCCAAGGGAACGUUCCACAACGAGUACAAGGAUCAGUUGAACUACUUCCCGGACACGAUCGGAGUGGUCGCCGAUAUGGCUGCCGAUCUCGGACUCAGCAGCACCGUAGCGGAGAAGCUCAAGAAGCUGCCGGCCAAAACACUGCCGAAAGCAAUCGCAGCGUUCGAAAGCGACAUUAAGGGAUUCAAGGUGCUGAACCAUGGUGACUUCUGGACCAACAACAUUAUGUUCAAGUACCAAGGCAAUGAGCUGGUGGAUGCUAUCUUCGUUGAUUUCCAAAACUGUGUCGUAGGAUCACCGAUCAUCGAUCUGGUGUACUUUUUGUCCUCCUCGCCUGCAUAUGACGUGCUACAGAAGCACAAGGACGAACUAGUUUUCACCUACCACGAGACGCUCGUGCUGCUGCUGCAGAAGAUGGGCUACCUAAAGUCCGUGCCGUCGCUUUUGGAACUUCAAGUUGAGCUUCUCAAACAUGGCGCUCUUCAAGUUAUUUACGCCCUCACGGUAUCGCCAUUCUUACGCACGAAGGAUGCCCAGAACACGCCACCCAUGCAGCCAACGCUGCACAGUGCAAAUCAAUCGGCCGAUGUGAAGCAGGUACUGCGUGCCCAUGCACCCAAUAUUGUGGCUCAACUUAAGGCUUACGAAGUCAUAGGACUUCUGGACUGGGGCGCAAACGAAAGCAAAAUCAAGGGACUUAUGUCACGCUUCCAACGCUAA